GUUGUUAAUCGCUGCCUCUUGGGUUAGGACACGCUGGCAUUACCUCGUAUCACCGUCAUUUGCUGAUUUAAACAAGGAACCAUAAAAACCUGAAAUGCAUAUUGGGUAUCGCCCAACACGGAGGCUCAACCGCCAAGGCGAAAAAAAAAAGUGCCCUUUCUCCUCCAGCCUCGCCGGAGGUGCCAGGUUGUAAUCUGCAAAUGUAUUGUCUGGCCCUAGGGGCUUGACAGUUAAUGAUUUGCGGCAGAAGGAGCCCGCCCGAGGAGCAGGAGGGACGCGAGCGAGCGAGCGCGGGCGCGCGGGCGCAGGGACCGAGCCGAGCCCCCGCCGGCCGCACAGGCGCCGCCUCCCGUCUUCCGGGCCCCGGCACUUCGGGGGGUUCCGGGCGCCUGAGACCGCGGGGGCCCCCAUGGAGGCAGCGUCGCCGGCGGGCCCCGGCGACCCGCAGCCGCGCGCGCAGGGAGCGGCGGGCGCGCCCCCCAGCCUGCUGCGCAGGAUAAAAGGCAAACUCUUCACCUGGAAUAUUUUGAAAACAAUUGCCCUGGGUCAGCUGUUGUCCUUGUGCAUAUGUGGGACGGCCAUCAGCAGCCAGUAUUUGGCAGAAAGAUACAAAGUGAACACCCCCAUGCUUCAGAGCUUUAUCAACUAUUGCCUGCUGUUUCUCGUUUACACAGUGAUGCUGGCAUUUCAAUCAGGCAGUGAUAAUGUUUUAUACAUCUUGAAAAGGAAAUGGUGGAAGUACAUCCUGCUGGGACUAGCGGACGUGGAAGCUAAUUACCUGAUUGUCAGAGCGUACCAGUACACGACUCUAACCAGUGUCCAGCUUUUGGAUUGCUUUGGGAUUCCUGUGUUGAUGGCUCUCUCGUGGUUUAUUCUUUAUGCGAGAUACAGAGUGAUCCACUUUGUUGCCGUGGCCGUCUGUCUGCUGGGUGUAGGAACUAUGGUUGGUGCAGACAUAUUAGCAGGGAGGGAGGACAAUUCAGGUAGUAAUGUACUGAUUGGUGACAUCUUGGUCCUUCUUGGGGCUUCCCUCUAUGCCGUCUCGAACGUGUGUGAAGAAUACAUCGUGAAGAAGCUGAGCAGACGGGAGUUUUUAGGAAUGGUGGGCUUAUUUGGAACAAUUAUCAGCGGCAUACAGCUAUUGAUUGUGGAAUAUAAGGAUAUUGCCAGCAUUCACUGGGACUGGAAAAUUGCCCUGCUAUUUGUGGCAUUUGCCCUCUGUAUGUUUUGCCUGUACAGUUUCAUGCCUCUGGUGAUUAAAGUCACCAGUGCCACUUCUGUCAACCUGGGCAUCCUGACAGCUGACCUCUACAGCCUUUUCUUUGGACUCUUUCUGUUUGGCUAUAAGAGGCCACGCUUCCCAUGGGCUGCUCCUGGUCAAGACCAAGCAUGGAAGGAAUAUGAAGGUCAACUCAUCCCUGGGAGACACGGGACAUCUCUGACAGGCCCUGCCCAGAGCCCAGGAGUCCAGACAGCCCGGGAGAGGAGCAGGAGUUGGAGCCCAAGUUGGAGAGAGAGGAGAGGCCUGCUGCAGCCAGGAGGUGAGGACCACAGGAGGUCUUUGGUGUGCCCUCAGAAGUCCGCCUUCAGUUCUCACCGAGCCACUCAGAAUGGAGUGGACCACCCGGGAGCUGUUCCUCAACUUCACCGUUGUCCUGAUCACAGUUAUCCUUAUGUGGCUCCUUGUGAGGUCUUAUCAGUACUGAGAGGCCAUGCCACGCUUCUGGGAUUGACUGCAACACUCCAGAGCUGCCUGCUGUGUGCCCUGAGAUCUCACUGCUGUCAUGGGAUGCCUUUCUUGGCACCCCAAGGCACUUCUGACCUGCACUCACAAUAUCCGAGGUGCCUCCAGUGCUAGGAUCGAUUGUGUGUUCUCUAAAGAUGCUGCUCUCAAGGGCUGCCAAGUGUUUGCCUGUGAGCGUUAGAUUUAUUCCCCCAACUCUUACUGCAAAUGUGUUAGACAAACCACAAGGUUAAAAUUAAACUGGAUUCAUGAUGAUGUAGAAUUGUAACAAGCCUCUGAUCUGUCUUACCACACAUCCUUUCAACCCACACUGUCUGCAACAAAACUCUAAAUCAACCUGCCAGAAGAAAGAAAUGUUAGAGGAAGUCUUUGUCAGCCCCUAUAGCUAUCAUGUGAAUAAAGUUAAGUCAA